CCGCCGAAAGCUCUUCCCGCAGGACUUGUGGUAUCUCGGCUUUACGGACGGUUUCCGCCGUCGAGCGCGGCGGCGCCCCCACGUGAGGCCGAGAGGCUCCGAGGGAUCCGCCAUGGGCAAGCGCGGUCGCCGCGGCCGCAGCCAGCUGCUCAGCUCGCUGACCAAGAAGCAAAAGAAGCAUCUGCGGGACUUCGGCGAGGAGCACCCCUUCCAUGACCGGGUGCCCGGAGAGGACGCCAAGCCCCGGCUCUGCCGCCCGCCGGAGAGUUCCGACUCGGCGAGUUCGGAAAGUGAAGGAGAAAACGCACCCGAACGCGUUUCUGGCUACCACCAACUCCUCGCCACGUUAAAGAGCGCUCCGGAGGACGAGGACGAGGACGAGGACGAGGACGAGGAGGAGGAGGAGGACGAGGAGGACGACGACGAGGACGAGGAGGAGGACGAGGAGGCGGCGGCGGAAGCGCAGGGCGAAGACAGCGGCAGAGCUAGUGACGUGGAGGAGUCGGCCGUGGCGCAGGAGGAUAAGACCUUCCCUGAUGACCCUGAGGAGGAAGCCGGGGCCGUCCCCACUGGUACCUCCCAAAAAGAGUCCCAAGAGGAGUUUACAGACGCAAAACAUGAGUCACUCUUCAGCUUGGAAACCAAUUUUCUAGAAGAGGAAAGUGGAGCCACCUGCUCUCCAGAGACGUCCCCAGAUCCGUUUCUGCAGCACGUGAGCAAGAAGCUGAAAGAAAAGGACGUGCAGGCUGUCGCCACAAAUCCCAGAACUACCCACGAGCUGAAAUGGCCCGUCCUGGGACAGCUCGUCUUUUCUUCCAAGUUUCAGAAGCCAGAAACGUUGAAACCUGCAAAGGACAUUGACUUGAAGUCACUUCACCUCCAGAAGCCUCUGGAGUCCACCUGGACCAAGGCCAAUAGCCAGUUCCUCUCGGGCACCUCCCCGUCCGGCAGCCCCUUCACACCCCUACAGAAAGAGCUCUUCCUGCUCAUGAACUCCUACCGGGACCUGUUUUACCCGGAGAGGACUGCCAUGAAGAACGGGGAGGAGGUCCGCCACGUGUACUGCCUGCACGCCCUGAACCACGUCCUCAAGGCCAACGCCUGCGUGCUGAGCAACAACAGCCGGCACCGCAGCCAAAAGCCGCAGAAGUCGGGGGCGGGGGACGACGAGGACUUCCGGGACCAGGGGCUCACGAGGCCCAAGGUGCUGAUCGUGGUGCCUUUCCGGGAGGCGGCCCUGCGGGUGGUGGAGCUCUUCAUCCGCCUGCUGGAGGGUGACGGCAAGAAGAAGAUCAUCGUGAGCAACAAGAAGAGGUUUAGGGGGGAGUACGGCUCAGACCCUGAGGAGAGGCCCCCCAACCUGAAGAGGCCAGAGGACUACGAAGCCGUGUUCGUUGGCAACAUCGAUGACCACUUCCGCAUAGGCGUGGCCAUCCUCCAGCGGAGCAUCCGGCUGUAUGCCCCCUUCUACUCCUCCGACAUCCUCAUCGCCUCCCCGCUGGGCCUGAGGACCAUCCUCGGCGCCGAAGGCGAGAAGAAGAGAGACUUCGACUUUCUGUCGUCCAUUGAGCUGCUUGUCAUCGAUCAGGCCGACCUCUACCUGAUGCAGAACUGGGAGCACGUCCUGCACUUGAUGAACCACAUGAACCUGCUGCCGCUGGACGCCCACGGCGUGGACUUCUCUCGAGUGCGCAUGUGGGGCCUUAACAACUGGUCCAGGUACUACCGGCAGACGCUGCUGUUCGGGGCCCUGCAGGACGCCCAGAUCAACGCCGUGUUCAACAAGUUCUGCCUCAACCUGCAGGGCCAGGUGACUGUGAGGAGUGUCCCGACAACGGGCUCCAUCAGCCUCGUCCUGGUGCAGCUUCCUCACGUCUUCCAGAGGAUGGAGGCCAAGGACCUCAUGGCAGUCAUUGAUGCCAGGUUUGACUUCUUCGUGAACAAGGUUCUGCCUCAGUACCGCGACGCCGUCAUGUCACACACGCUCAUCUACGUCCCUUCCUACUUCGACUUUGUGCGGCUCCGGAACUACUUCAAGAAGGAGGAGCUGAACUUCGCCCACAUCUGCGAGUACACCCGCAGGUCUGACGUGUCCAGGGCCAGGCACUUCUUUCGGCUCGGGGAGAAGCAGUUCCUGCUGCUCACUGAACGCUUCCACUUCUACAAAAGGUACACCAUCAAAGGCGUCCGGAACCUGAUCUUCUACGAGCUGCCCACCUACGCCCACUUCUACAGUGAGAUCUGCAACAUGCUGCGCGCGGCUGGCGGCGGGGAGGAGGCGGCCUGGACCUGCACCGUGCUCUACUCCAGGUACGAUGCCCAGCGGCUGGCCGCCACGGUGGGCGUGGAGCGGGCUGCCCAGAUGCUGCAGUCCAAGAAGAACGUGCACCUCUUCGUCACCGGGGAGAGAUGAGACGGCGUGGCUGGCUGUGCCAUGUGGGUCCUGGUGUGGGCCAGGGGCAGCUCAGCACCACACAGACACCUCGUCAGAGUUGCCACGGACGCUCCACGCGGGGCUGCUGGGACUCGAGUGGCUGGAAGGAGACGUCCACGUGACCUUACUGUAAACUGGAUUUCUUGUGCUUCGAAUCUAACUUAUUACACUGUCAAGAUGUUU